CGACGAGACUGGUCCCAACGUGAGAUUAUAUACCAUUGGCCUCAGAACUACAUCGAAAAGCUGCGGAUCGAUAGGAAACUAAAGCUCUUUUCCGUUUUAUUCGAUUAUGUACGGUGUGAAAAUGAUACGUUUGUCAGACAGAUAAGCACAUUACACAUUUAAAACAUGCUGACACUGUACCGCUAUCAGCUGUUUUUUCACACGCUCGAACCCAACAAGUAAACCACUUAAUAAUGGAAGAUAUCUGGUUGUAACAACUUCUGCACUGAAAUCUGCUAUCUGAGUACUAAAACAUAACGUUACCACGAUCUUCUACGCACGAUCUUUUACUCUACACAUUAACUAUCGAGGAUGCUGUGAAGCUUGUUUCAUCUUGUUCAGAUUCGAAUCAAAACGAAUCAAACGACUGUUUGAUUUAUUUAUUACUAAGCCUUCAUCCAAAUCACAAAACGAUCCGUCGCCAGGAGAUGUUUCUGAAACUUAAAUUCCAAAACGCCAAUACCAUAACACGAAAGCUCGCCGAAUGGAACCGUUAGCACAGCUGUCUACACCAGCUGUGCUACUCGCACAACCCAAACAGCCCAUCUCGUCUUCCCGAAACCAUGCUACAAUCUUCUCCUGGUCGGUGUUUUCGACCGCCGAUUGAGUAAUCUUAUCAGCGUUGUUCAAAACCUCGUCGUUGUAAUAAACGAUGUGUACCAACACCUACCUAAAAUCGACCUAACACAACGUCCCGCCUCUAUCUUGCGUGUGGUGCACUAUUUGCGCAUCGCUGAUGAGGGAACGGAUUUAGUAGCACUCAAACAAAUCAGCUAUGCAGAACGACACGCUUGUCCGGAUUCCUGCGAGCGCUUGGGAACAGCUGCGUGAUCUUUAUAGGCAGGAUUGGCCACGCCAUGAGAUAGCGUAUAACAAUGUGCAGAACUACGUAAGCUGGAUAGAACGUGAUCCACAGAUUAGUGCAACGUUAAUUGUUUACAGUCUAAAUGGAAACUGGAGACAAAAUGGAACGUACAUAAUUAUAGAUCACACGGAUAUGUUUAUGUACACUUUGGACCAUACCGAUGAAACGUUAAAGCGAAUGCUGCUCCUACUCGACUGGCACCAUAGCUAUCUGAUGAACAUGUGCCUUUAUCGAGCAAUCGUACUGGAGGUGUACCGACUGCAUCGGCUCGAGAUUGCAUUUGACAGUGCCGAUGUCAUUUAUCAUCUUCCGCAGCAGGUCGCGCGUCACUUUCGAUACGAUCUACCGGUGGGCCUUACGCUCAAACGGAUCCCACCACACUACGCAUCGUUCAUCUACAAUCAGUGGCUGAAUAAGUCCGUGGGCACAGAGUAUUUCAUCGAACGGAUGCUUCGGUGGAACGUUUCUAUGGGGCUGUUCUGCGAGGGCGUACGGGAACCGUUGGCCUGGUGCAUCCGCACACAGAACGGUGCGCUCGGUCUGCUGGGAGUGGUCGCGCAACGCAAGGGCUAUGGUUCGUUGGUGAUAAAAGCGAUAGCCCGCCGGCUGGCGGAACAAGGAUAUAGUACGUAUGCUAGCGUGCGGCGUACGAACGUGGCUUCGCGCAAACUAUUCGAAAAGCUUGGUUUUCGUAUAGCCGGUGAAACAAGCUGGUUGAAGAACAUGAAGAGCACAUUUGAUGGUUCCGAGCUUCGAAAGGUAAUAAAAGCAUGA